CCAAAAUGGCGUCCCUGUUAAAAGGCACGCUCUUCGAAAUCCGUGCUCAGGCUCCAGCACCGAGCAAGGACUACCAUCAGCUACUGGUGACAGACUCCGAGGUAAUCUGGAGAUGGUGGAAAAUUUCUUUUCGAAGUGAGUUUCGAAAUGUGCAUCCUGGUGAACAAGUAAGCUCUCACCAGGAUUUCUUGGACAAUUAUACUCUACAAGUUCAUAUUGGUGUAAUUUUUGGCAAUGAAGUGCUCAAAUAUAUUUGCAAUCUUUGUCAACAUCACUUUGAUUAUCUCGAUCGCAUUCCUAAUGGCCUGCUCUUGUACAUAAUUUUAUUUUUGGAUCUUGAGGACAUUGCCAGACUUUCCCAAACAUCCAGAAAAUUUGAAAAGGUAUGUAACUCUAAUGAACUCUGGGAGCAUCUCGUUUCGAGAUACUGUGAUACCAUAACCCCAGAAAUGCAAGCGUUGGCUUUAGAGGUUGGUUGGAAAGAAAUCUUCUUCACCAACAAACUCCAGCUACAGAAAAAGAUCAGACGAAGACGCCAAAAGUUUGGGGAUACUGAAGAGAAUUUGACUUUAAGACCAUGAGUUAUAGACUUAAGGCUGCAAACAAAUAAUUUGUUUACACAAAGUUGUUGUUUGCUGGAAUGUGAUUUAUAUUUUUGUUUAACUUUCCUGAACAGUGCCUAGUUGUUAAAUGCAUCGAUCCAUGAUAGAUGCAACUUUUUUACUAAGUGAUUAUAAAUGUAUUACAUACUGAUGCUCUUUUGUUCAGAAUCGCUGAUGUAGAAAUUGGGCAGCAUAGAACUCAUUUUUCAGGUACUAAAUAAUCCCAAAUCAAUGUUGGUCAAGGAAGUGGAGCGGUUUAUGUACAGACAGAGGAGACUUCAUUCGUGCUGGACAAUCGUGCUGAUCCGCAGCAGCUAGCAAAACAAGAUCUAAGAAGCCCUCUCGAUAAAACUGCUGUAACUUAACUGCAGAUCCAAGAUUAAAUGACUGAUUACCACUACUUCCCCCUCACUAGCCCUAGAAAGCAAUGUUCAGGGUCCCUGAUCUCUUUCUGCACUACCCAAUCCUGCACCAUGCAAUGUGCAACUCCCAUGAAUGCACCCUGCUGAGUCUAUGGUUUGCUGCCAGCUGCUCCUAUCCUACUCAUCCCAAGGCUGCCAAAACCCUGGGUAACAUGUAAUCGUCUAGGUGAUGGGCCCAUCCACUACUGGAGAGCUCUUGGCAAACACACAGCUAUUUCUAAGAGCCCUUUCAGUAUUAAAUCCUGUUCAGGCAGUCUACUGGUUGUUGUUAGGGUUCCCAGCACCUGCAGAUUCAAUCUAUCACCGGCAUUUCUCCUGCAGAGUGGUUCUAUCAGCUCUGAGAGCUCGUUGCCAGUCGGAGGCUAGCAGCUGUCCAGUACUAGCAUGCUGUGGUGCAACAGUUGGCCCAUGGAUGAGGAUCGAUCCAGAGCUCCAGUCACGGAUGAGAUUGCCAUGGCCUAUCAGGGAAGCUCCUAAUGUCGAUGAAUGCAAACAGCUAGUGAUGUGUGUUCCCCAUCGGUCUCUCCAUUGCUGUUAUGUAUCCCUUCACUGGACAGAAUGUGGCAAAGAAGGAGUUUACCUCACCCCCACCAGACUGCAAGAAUUAGCCUGUUUGACAGCCUGUAUUGGCCUCUGUGUGGUCGUACUGAAUUGCAGGGGUGAGGCAGGUGUUGGGCUCUUCAAGCCAAGCCUGCCUGCCUCAUUUUGUAUUCCCAGAUUGCUGUAAGGCAAACCAUUAAAUUCCAUCUGCAGUUUCCCCCCAGAGGCCUGCCCCUGCAAUGCUCCUGUGGCCAUCUACAACAUUAUCAGCAGCUGGUCCACAUUCCUCCCGUCUGUUGGGUAUCUGCUGUUAUACCACCUUCAUUCUAAUCAAAUCUGUCACUCAAAAUGCAGGCUUCCUGAGACAUAAUCUAUUGGGGUACAGAGAACAUGCCCUUGUGCAGGAGAAGCAUCUACUUUUGGCACUAAUUUCUGGCAAUAAAUUGUUGUUAAUGUCACAAAAUAGUUUGGCAAUUGAAGUAAGAAAGUCAAAUUUUGAUUUUGACUGUGCACCACCAAGAUUUAUUUCUGUUGGUUUAAGAGCCAUCAGAAUUACAUGCCACAAUUAUAAAUCCCUUUGAUGUGUAUGGUUAGCAAGAAUUUUGGGGAAUUUACUCCAAAACAGAUUCUGUUUCCUUUCCAUUGUGCACACAUUCAGAGUGGCAAUCAUGUUAUUACAAUACACAGUGGAGCCUUAGAAACUUAGGGAUUUGAAAUCCUAAUUGCACACCCCAAAACCCCUCUAAUGAUUUGUGAUUAAAUGACCUCACGUGUGUUAUAUGUUUGAGGUUAUUUAGGUACUUACUUCAAUCAAUAAACAAUUCAAAAUAUUUUGGCACAAUAUUACUUUGUGAGACUUCAAUGCUAAGCAUCUUUUUACUUAAUCAUAUUCUGUAUCUCUAUGUUCUGCACUUUAGUUCCCCCUCCCCACUUCCCAAACUGCUGCUUAUUGCAACUGUAAAAAUAUCAUGCAUCAUUUGUAACAAAUUGUAAAACUGUUCUCUGUAAAUGCAAAAAAAGAUUUUUCUACAAAUACCUCUCAGGUGGGUGCACUGUAGACCAACAGCUGCUGCACAUUUUCAGAUUGUUUGUAGCCAUCUGAGCUGAAAUAUUUUAUCCUUGCUUAGUAUUCUUUAUAACUGUCACUUAGAAAUGUAUAAUUUAGCCUCGCUAAAGCAAUCAAUUCCAAUUGACCAGGCUGAGAACUCAUAAGCUGUG